GAAAAAGGGGGCGGCACCCACUGCAGUCGGUCCCGCUUGCCCGCUCCAUCCGGUAGUCACUGCUGUCUGUCUACAACCUGCGGGAGACCAACAAGAGAAGGAGGACAUCUCGAGCAGGAAGGAGUCCAACGAAGUCAUGUCGGCCCCCAAGCGACAAGACACCCGCAAACUCUUCGAGAACUUGUCCGGUCAAGGAAAGUCCAUCGCGGUGCUUACCAGUGGCGGAGAUGCCCAAGGGAUGAAUGCAGCGGUCCGGGCUGUGGUCCGCAUGGGAAUUUACGUGGGAGCCAAAGUCUACUUUAUAUAUGAGGGUUACCAGGGCAUGGUGGAUGGCGGCAACAACAUCAGGGAGGCGUCAUGGGAAAGUGUCUCUAGCAUGUUGCAAGUGGGCGGCACGGUGAUCGGCAGCGCCCGCUGCAAAGCCUUCCGCACCCGUGAGGGCCGCCUUCAGGCGGCCCUCAACUUGGUGCAGAAGAGCAUCACCAACCUUUGUGUCAUCGGUGGAGACGGAAGCCUGACCGGGGCCAAUCUCUUCCGGGAGGAGUGGAGCGGUCUUCUGGACGAGCUACUGCAGAAGGGAGCAAUCAGUGAGGAGGCGGCGCGCAGCAACUCGGCCCUGCACAUCGUGGGCAUGGUGGGCUCCAUCGACAACGACUUUUGCGGUACCGACAUGACCAUCGGAACUGACUCGGCGCUGCACCGCAUCAUCGAAGUGGUGGACGCCAUCAUGACUACUGCUCAGAGCCACCAGAGGACCUUCGUCCUGGAGGUGAUGGGUCGCCACUGCGGAUACUUGGCGUUGGUCAGCGCUCUGGCCUGUGGAGCAGACUGGGUGUUUUUUCCUGAAAUGCCUCCUGAAGACGGCUGGGAGGAAAACAUGUGCCAAAAGCUGUCUGAGAACCGCGCUGACAAAAAGAGACUCAACAUCAUCAUCGUGGCUGAAGGAGCCAUCGACUGCCACAACAAACCCAUCACGCCCGACUACAUCAAAGACCUGGUGGUGCGCAACCUGGGCUUCGAUACCAGGGUGACAAUCCUGGGCCACGUGCAACGGGGAGGAACCCCAUCUGCCUUCGACAGGAUCCUGGCCAGUCGUAUGGGGGUGGAGGCGGUGCUGGCCUUGCUGGAGGCCUCUCCCGGCACACCAGCCUGCGUGGUGUCACUUGUGGGCAACCAGGCCGUGCGCUUGCCCCUCAUGGAGUGCGUGCAGAUGACACAGGAAGUGCAGAAGGCUAUGGACGAAAAGAAGUUUGAGGAUGCAGUCAGACUGCGUGGCAGGAGCUUUGAGAACAACCUGAGCACUUACCGACUUCUCUGCAACCACAAGACUGACUCGGAGCUUCCACAUAGCUCCUUCAACGUGGCCGUGUUGAAUGUCGGGGCACCCGCCGCCGGGAUGAACGCCGCCGUGCGCUCCGCCGUCCGGGUGGGCAUUACCGAAGGCCACAAAAUGUUUGCGGUGAGCGACGGCUUCGAGGGAUUCUAUAAGGGUCAGAUCAAGGAGAUCAAGUGGGGAGACGUCGGAGGCUGGACGGGACAAGGAGGCUCGCUGCUCGGCACCAAAAGAACACUUCCCGGGAAACAUCUGGAGCAGAUCGCCCAACAGAUGGCGCUCCACAACAUCAACGCGUUGCUCGUCAUCGGCGGAUUUGAGGCCUACAUGGGAUUGCUGGAACUUUCGGCGGCACGGGACAAAUAUGGCGAGCUGUGCGUGCCUAUGGUGAUGGUCCCCGCCACGGUAUCCAACAAUAUACCAGGCUCAGACCUUAGCAUCGGUUCCGAUACGGCGCUCAACGCCAUCACGGAUGCCCUGGAGUCCGUCCUGCAGCUGUAUGAGGCUCGCGAGCACUUUGAGGAGUUUUGCGUGCCGCUAUGCAUACUGCCCGCCACCAUUAGCAACAACGUGCCCGGCACUGACCUCAGCAUCGGCGCCGACACCUCCCUCAACGCCCUUGUGGAGACAUGCGACCGCAUUAAGCAGUCGGCCAGCGGCACCAAGCGGAGGGUCUUCAUCAUUGAGACUAUGGGGGGCUACUGCGGUUACUUGGCCACUGUGGGCGGGCUGGCGGCAGGCGCUGACACCGUCUACAUCUACGAGGAACCCAUUGACAUCCGAGACCUGCAGGGUAACGUGGAACAUCUGACAGAAAAGAUGAAGACCACCAUCCAGAGAGGUCUGGUGCUUAGGAACGAGAACUGCAAUGAAAACUUCACUACUGACUUCAUCUACCAGCUUUACUCUGAGGAAGGUCGCGGAGUAUUUGACUGCAGGAAGAAUAUUUUGGGGCACAUGCAGCAGGGUGGCGCUCCAUCUCCAUUUGACAGAAACUUUGGCACCAAAGUGGCAGCUAAAGCAGUCCAAUGGCUCACCAAGACCAUGAAGGAGUCUUACAAAGGAGGCCGAGUAUUCGCCAACUCCGAGGACAGCGCCUGUCUGCUGGGUAUGAGACGCCGUGCGAUGGUCUUCCAGCCUGUGGCGCAGCUCAAACAGGAGACCGAUUUUGAACACCGGAUCCCCAAGGAGCAGUGGUGGCUGAAGCUCCGCCCCCUGAUGAAGAUCCUGGCCAAAUACAAGACGAGUUACGACGUGUCCGACUCGGGUCAGUUGGAGCACGUUGGCCGCUUCCGGGCCAAAGAGGGCGACCCCUCGACUGCCAUCUGAGCUUCUCAUUGGCUGUUGCUAACUUAGGCGCAUUUUACACACACAACACACAACACACAACACACACACACACACACACACACACAUACACAUACACAUACACAAAUUGAAAAUCACAAGCUGUUACUCUAACUUAUUGCAGAUUGGAAUAUAUAUAUAUAUAUAUAUAUAUAUAUAUAUAUAUAUAUAUAUAUAUAUAUAUAUAUAUAUAUAUAUAUAUAUAUAUAUAAUUGAAAUAUGCACUCCGAAUGAUGUACUGUAUGGAGCACUACACAUGUAACUUUAUCUUCUUCUUGUUUUGUCCUGGUUGCUGCUAAUAUGUCACGACGCGUGAAAACAACUGUGCAUGAUAGUUGUCCGUGUCCGUUGCCUUCGUGUGUGUACACAGUAUUAAAGCUUUGAUUGUGUCGGGG